UUGUGAGAGAUUUCCAGGAAUAUGUGGAGCCGGAAGACACGUCAUCGGGUUCCCCGCAGAGAAGAGUGCCCCCAACCUCCAGUCCAGAGGACGAGAAUAUCAUCCUCCCCCUCGGGGACAACGUUCUCACCCACAACCUGGGCAUUCCCGUCCUCGUUGUUUGCACCAAGUGUGACGCGGUCAGCGUUCUGGAAAAGGAACACGACUACAGAGAGGAACACUUCGACUUCAUCCAAUCUCACAUCCGGAGGUUCUGCCUGCAGUACGGCGCGGCCUUAAUAUAUUCUUCUGUGAAAGAAGAGAAGAAUCUGGACUUGCUGUACAAAUACAUCGUCCAUAAAAUGUACGGAUUUCUCUUCAGUACUCCGGCGCUGGUGGUGGAGAAGGACGCCGUCUUCAUUCCUGCUGGUUGGGACAAUGAGAAGAAAAUUGGAAUUUUGCAUGAGAACUUUUCCAGCAUCAAACCUGAAGAUGCCUUUGAAGACUUCAUUGUAAAGCCGCCUAUUAGAAAGCUGGUCCAUGAUAAGGAGGUGGCAGCAGAAGAUGAGCAGGUCUUCCUAAUGAAGCAGCAGUCUUACCUGGCGAAGCAGCCGGCCACCCCAACAAGAGCCUCGGAAUCGCCGGCGAGAGCUCCCACAGGAUCCCCCCGGACUCCGGGCCGCACCGGUUCCACCGCCGUGCCCAACUCGUCACCCAUGGCAGCCGUCAAGAAACCAGAUCCCAAUAAUGCAGCGGCCAGUGAAGGUGUCUUGGCCAGUUUCUUCAAUAGCCUGCUGAGUAAAAAGACGGGAUCACCGGGAGGGAGCCCGGGGGGGUCGAGUCCUGCGCAGAAUUCGGCAAAGAAGCCAGGACAGAAGCCGGUACUGACCAACGUCCAGGAGGAACUGGACAGAAUGACCCGCCAGCCUGACGCUGUAUUAACAAACUCCGCCCCCGCGGAGAACGAAGCCUGACCCGCCUAUCAAGCAAACAAUUACACCGUGUAAAUGACCAAAUAAUAACCAUGUAUAACGGACUUAUGGCUGCUCUGACACAGCGGAUACUGUAGGUUUCGUCGUGGAAAGGGGCGGGCCUCCUUGCUUGUCUCAAGUGUUACACGCCCCUUAUGGGAAGCUUGCCUUGAUUUUAUUCCACCUGAUUAACCCCUCAAGUACAGGAAGUGGCUGACAUCUUUGGGGUCUCUCCCCCACGAAUGCUUCUAAUGGGUUUCUGUGGAUGGAGAGUCAGGAGACGGCCCGUCUCUGGGGUUCCCGCUGUCUGUAACGUGCGCCGCGCUGCUGACUCUGCUUAUAGAGGGAGAUUUGUAUGUUUGAACCUGAAUGAAGCAUGUGCUCCACUUAUUGGAAGGUAAAGGGCCGGCUGUAGGCUAGGGACAGGAAGCCGAAGCGCCUUCCCCUUUGUGCAUCUUCUCCGGGACGCUUCUGCCCCAAGGGGGGUAUAUCUGGCUUUCCAGGAAUCACUUUGCCCCUAGCAGUCCUCAGCAAGGGAAUUCUGGGUAGGACACUUUAGGUCGCCGGUUGGGAGAAUUAUACAUGGGGAGGCGGGAGGAAGG